CAUCGGAGUCGACAGAUAUGGUGCCAUUUAUCCAAGAGAGAGCUCCAACCAUGGCUAUCCACUCCAAGGGGAGGAGCAAAGUUCAAGAGCUUUAUGACGCGUGUAGCACGGUCUUCUCCGGGAAGGAGGGCUUUCCUACACUCAAGCAGAUCAGAUGGCUACGAGAGAUCCUUGAUAACAUGGAACCGGUCGACGUCGGAAUUGAUGGCUCCAGAUCGCCAGUGGAUGAGCCGAGCAUCGCGAGCCGAGAUGGCCUUAUCUUGGGACAGGCCUUGACGCAGAUCACAUAUGUGCACAUACAUGAAUGCGAUGAUUUCUCGAUGGGGGUGUUCUGCUUCCCGGCCGGAGCGAGCCUACCUCUCCAUGAUCACCCAGGGAUGGUGGUCCUCAGCAAAGUACUGUAUGGCUCAGUCUCAGUGAAGUCCUAUGACUGGUUUAUCACCCCAAGUUCAAGACCAAGGAAGGGUGGGCUAGCUAAAGUUGUAGCGGAUGACUGGGUCCUGCAAGCACAAUGCAAGGCAUCAGUGUUGUUCCCAAGAAGAGGUGGAAACAUCCACUCCUUCACUGCCCUAACUCCUUGUGCUAUCUUGGAUGUUUUAGCACCACCUUACUCUGAUGAGCUAGGAAGGCUAUGCACCUACUUCUCUGAAAUACCGAUCCCUUCUCUUCCUCGAUUUUCCAUACUUGAAGAAAUAGAUUUACCGGAAGAUUUGGUCGUCGCUGGAGCACCAUACCUCGGUCCUGAGCUCAUAUUGGAUCCAGAUUUUGAUGGACUUUACUAACUCUAUGUAUCAUCUAUUUUGUACACAUCCUUCUCUGAUGAGUAUAGAUACAAUAAAAGUUCAGAGGUUCAAGCUCAA